UUAGUGUCGGCAAAAACAGCUGAAAAUGUGUUCAAGUGCUACCGAAAUUUUUAUCCUCUUUGAUGGAUUUUCAGAGAUAAAAACUCUAGAAAAUGAAGAAGUUAUGCUUGCAAAUUGCACCUGUACAUUAAUUAAGAGCCGAGGUAUCAAUAUCAUUGUGGAUAGUCUGACACCAUGGGAUUCAGAGCGUCUGCUGGCCGCUCUACAAAAACAUCAAAUAGCCCCCAAAGACAUUAAUUUUGUAGUAUCCACGCAUGGACAUUCAGAUCACGUGGGGAACAAUAAUCUCUUUCUGGAUGCAAAGAGGCACAUUGUGGGAAAUAAUAUUUCUUUCAAGGAAACGUACUUCCUGCACAAUUGGACCAAUCCCUAUGUCAUCAAUGAAAAUGUGGAGAUUAUAAGAUCUCCUGGACAUACACCGGAUUGUGUUAGUGUUAUUGUCAGGGGGAGUAAUUUAGGGGAAAGGGUCGGAAUCACUGGUGAUUUGUUUGAGAAGGAAGGUGAUAUCCUCAAUGAUUCUCUGUGGAAGGAUGCCGGAAGCUACAAUGAAGAUGUCCAGAAGGAGAAUCGCCUGAAAAUUGCCUCAAUGGUGGAUGUCAUUAUUCCUGGACAUGGUCCGGCAUUUAAAGUCACCGAAGAGAUGAGAAAAAUAUUGCAAGAACAAAGAAAUUAACUCAUUGCAGUGCUGUGUUUAUUAAAAUAAAGUGAGUUAAGAAAAAAUAUUCAUUUAAGAAGUGGAAAAAAUUAAAAAAAAAGUGAUAAACCAAAAAAUAAACAAAAGUGUGAACGCUAUAUUGUAAACGCCUCACUGACUUAAAGCCGCGCAGAAGAAAUCUCUGUGGGCAGUUGGAAAUGUCAAAUCUCCAGCAGCAGAAAGCAGGGGAUACAUCUCUGUGGAGGAAUGAAAGUGAUAUUCAGUCAAAACAAUUUGCUUGAAGUGAACUGGACGAUCCCUGUGCAGAAUUGAAAUAUCCGCUAAAUCAGGUAAUAAAUCCCUAAAUACCUUUCCAAAUAAGCUUUUAUAAGGCCUCUAUCAGUCUUUCUGAUGAAGUGCCCCCCAAAAGAGAGGAAACCGCACUGUGCUUGCAUUAAAAACCUUAAUUGGGAUUGAUAACAUGUUGUCUAUAGAGAGGCACAAUUGGGCAGAACAAAGUGAGAAAUUUGUGGGUGAUUUAUCGCUCUGGGGAUUUUUUUUAUGUGGAAACAAUGUCAAGGAAAUUCAAUCGUGACCCCAAUUUUGCCACAUCAAGUCUCUUG